AUGUACAAAGGUUUUUCUCGGAUAUGGACUAUCUCUUGUACAGAUAGGUUACCAUGUCUAUCUCCAUUCGUAAACAGUGUUUUAUCCUCACGAAAUGGAAAUAAUUGUGGCAUAGGUUAUGUUUUCAAAAGAACUAAGAAACAUGAUAAAAGUAAUCCAUCAGCAUUAUUCGUACCAGUACCGGUUAAGCCAAAUCCUGAUGAUAUAAAUGUAGGGGAGGAAUUCACAGGAAGAUUGAAAAAGCAAGAUCUUCUAAAAACAUUAAACAAGUUUUAUCAAAAACCUGAAGUUAGAGUAUUAGCAUGUAAUAAUGGUUUGGACGAUCAACUAUUGCAUCAGGCAUUCCUGUCAUUCAGAAGACAUUGCUUAGAACAUGAUUUACCACCAGAUUUGCAUAUUACAAUUAGUGAUAUUCUUGUUGGUGCUGGACAUGUAGAUGAUCUCUUUCCAUAUUUCCUAAGACAUGCUAGACUUGCAUUUCCUCAUUUAGAUUGUUUAGAAGAUUUAAAGAAAAUAUCAGAUUUACGGACACCAGCUAGUUGGUAUCCUCAAGCACGCUCAAUGAAUAGAAAGAUAAUAUUCCAUGCAGGACCAACAAAUUCAGGGAAAACUUAUCAUGCUAUGGAGAGGUAUUUAACAGCAAAAUCAGGAGUAUACUGUGGACCACUAAAGCUAUUAGCUACAGAAAUAUACCAUAAGUCAAAUAAAAGAGGCACCCCUUGUGAUUUAAUAACUGGUGAAGAAAGACGGCAUGCUUCUCACUAUAACACAAUAAUGGAUAAUGAAGAAGAACAAUCAUCAAGUGAUGAAGAAAUAUUUGUACUCAAUGAACCAGAACUGACUCCUUCAAAACAUGUUGCCUGUACAGUUGAAAUGACCUCAUUAAAUGAUUCUUAUGAAGUGGCUAUAAUUGAUGAAAUUCAAAUGAUUGGAGAUAGAGGAAGAGGUUGGGCAUGGACUCGAGCUGUAUUAGGCCUGCAGGCAGAUGAGAUACAUUUGUGUGGGGAAGCUGGUUCUAUAAGUUUAGUUGAAGAGAUAUGUAACACAACUGGUGAGGAAAUAGAGGUCCGCACAUAUAAAAGGCUUACAGAGUUAAAAGUAGAGAAUUCAGCAUUGGGUUCACUAGAUAAUGUACAACCAGGGGAUUGUAUAGUUUGUUUUAACAAAAAUGACAUAUACAGUGUAAGUCGAGCCAUAGAACAGAGGGGUCAUGAAGUAGCUGUGAUAUAUGGGAGCUUACCGCCUGGUACAAAAUUGGCUCAAGCUAAUAAAUUUAAUGACCCGGAAAGCUCAUGCAAAGUCAUGGUGGCUACUGAUGCUAUUGGCUUAGGAAUUAAUUUGAGUAUAAGGCGAAUCAUAUUUUAUUCUCUCAUAAAGCCUAUUGUGAAAGAAGAUGGAGAUAAAGAAAUGGACGUCAUCAGUAUUUCCCAGGCUUUACAAAUUGCUGGCCGGGCAGGCAGGUAUGGUAGUGUGUGGGAAACGGGCUUUGUUACCACUUACAGACCUGAGGAUCUCCCCACAUUGAAGAUUUUGCUAUCGAAACCACCAGAACCAGUGACUCAGGCCGGUCUCCAUCCGACCGCUGAACAAAUGGAGUUAUAUGCUUAUCAUCUACCUCAUGCCACUUUGAGCAGUCUUAUGGACAUAUUCGUACACUUAUGCACGGUGGACGAUUCUCUAUACUUCAUGUGCAACACGGAAGCCUUCAAGUUCCUAGCUGAGAUGAUACAACAUGUGCCGCUACCUCUCCGCGCUCGAUACGUCUUCUGUUGUGCUCCUAUUAAUAAUAAGCUUCCUUUUGUCUGCGCUACAUUCUUAAAGAUGGUGCGCCAGUACAGUAGAAACGAGCCCUUAACAAAAACCUGGCUCAGUAACGUCGUCGAUUGGCCAAUGCCAGCACCUAAGACUAUUAUGGACCUUGUUCACUUGGAGGCUGUGUUUGAUGUACUGGAAUUGUAUCUUUGGCUUAGCUAUCGGUUCCCGGAUAUGUUUCCAGACGUCAAAUUGGUCCGAGAAAUGGAGGCUGAACUUGACGCUAUCAUACAGCAAGGAAUCUUUCAAAUUACCAGGUUAUUAAGAAAUUCGGAGCAAGUUUUUAAAGACGGAUCUGAGCUGGAAGAAGUCGGUCGUGGUAAGAGAAGUGGAAAGGUUCAUGGAUAUUCAAGGCCCGGUGACGAAAAGAAGAAACUCUCGGAAAUGCUUGUUGCCAAGGGUUUAAUAACACCACAAAUGUUGAAAGAAUUGCAACAAGAGCUGUCAUCCGACAAACAAGACAGAAGUCGAAACAAAACAAUUAAUAGAAAUAGAAGGAAAUGA